CAGCCCUUCCUGCUCCGCCGGGGAUUGCUCUCGCCAUGGGGGCCGAGCAGAGCGCAGAGGCGGAAAGCCGGCAUCCCGAGCCCAGCACUUCAGAUGAAGGGUAAUCCUAGGUGUGCUUUGUGCUUCCUUAUACUUGACUGGAUAUUUCCCCCAGCAUCUCCUUCACCGGCCAAGCAGCGAGCUAAAAUGGAUGAUAUUGUGGUGGUGGCACAAGGGACGCAGUCUUCGCGGAAUGUCAGCAAUGACCCAGAUGUCAUUAAGUUGCAGGAAAUCCCAACUUUCCAACCCCUUCUGAAAGGUCUUCUCAGUGGGCAGACAGCUCCUACCAACAUAAAACUGGAGAAACUGGAUUCUCAGCAAGUUCUACAGCUCUGCCUGCGAUACCAAGACCACCUUCACCAAUGCGCAGAAGCGGUUGCCUUUGACCAGAAUGCUUUAGUCAAACGGAUCAAAGAGAUGGAUCUUUCGGUAGAAACCCUCUACAGCUUAAUGCAGGAGCGCCAGAAAAGAUAUGCCAAAUACGCUGAGCAGAUCCAGAAGGUCAAUGAGAUGUCUGCCAUCUUGCGUCGCAUCCAGAUGGGCGUCGACCUGACCAUUCCCCUGAUGGAGAGACUGAAUGCCAUGCUGCCCGAGAGCGAGAGGCUGGAACCGUUUACCAUGAGCCCUGACAGGGAGCUCAAGCUGUAGUUUUCUGAUACAGCCUUCAGUCAUCUUUUUCCUGGACCCUACUUGAUAAGGAACUUACUUGGAACACGCUUCACAAGCCAGAGUGAGUAGAGCAGAGGUAUCAGUUCUGUGUUAGGUAGAAAGACUGUGUUUGGCUUGCAGGGAAUGUUCAAUACACACAUCAACUUGGAAUGAAAUGCCAUUUCUUACCUCUCCUGCUCCCAGCUGCUUGCCACCACUGCCUCCACCCACCAAAAAAUUGCUUUAACAAGGUUCAGAUUUAAACCUUCACAUCCUUCCUCUACUGUUGUGCACAUUAGUGUGCUUACUGAGGAAUCCUUCCAGCUGCAGAGGAUUCUGGGGCAUGCUCUAAUGUAGUUUUUCAACUGUUUCUUGUAAGAUUGGUGUUGGCAAACAAACUGCCCACAAGAGCUUCACCAUCAUUGCCAGCCUUCCUCUCGAACACACCUGAAUUCUACAACUCACUCCUAGCAAUUCCAGCAUACACAUGAGUGUGAAAAACACAGAGAAGAGGAAGUUUGAUGGUCAUUGUUCUAGAGCAGGGUCCCAGUUUGGGCCAUGAGGCCAUUUCCCCUAAACCAUGUCCACCUGCACAUCAUGUGUGGGGCAGGUAGAGACAUGGCUAGAUUCAGCUUUGCAACUUGCUCACACAGCCAGUCUCUGCAGAAAACAGCAUUGCCAUCCUGUGCUAAGUGCUUUGCACAAGUAUAGGGCAAACCCCCUUGUGCUGUGGUUCCCAAGCGCCCAAUAACCAGUAAGCUGUCAGGCACUUGAGAAGCGCUGUGGAAGGGACUUUGACAGAGGGGUGAGACAACCUGCCUGCCAAUCAUAUGAAGUCAUAAGUCAAUCUGGUGACUGAUAGGUGAGUCAUCUUGACCACCUGUUGUUGACCUGUGGUGGUGGGCAGGAUCUCCCUCCUUUAGGGUUUUUCUUUAAAUUGGCUUCUUAUUUUAUAGGGCUAUUAAAUGUGCAACUGCUUGAGCUAUGUGACUAUCACAGCUUUGCAGGCAGCAGAGCUAGAGCCUGGGUGAUGGUUUAGGCUGGUGUUUCCAACACCUGAAUGAAAGGAGUGCCUCUUGCCCUAUCCUAUUGAUUUGCUUUGCCAGAUGAUUCUUAACACGAUGGAUAAAGCAUGACGAGGCAAGGUUAUGUCCAUAUCCAAAGGAAACUGUAAAGCCUGCUACGCUGGGAAAGGUUGGCUCAUAUGCCAAAGGCACCUCAGAGGUAUGCCAUAAAAAUGCCACCUUGCUGUUUGCAGUUGAAUCUCUCCAAAGAUGGCUGCUUUAUGGUCUCAGUUCAGGGGCAAGGCCAUGCUAGUUUGGACUGAUGUCUCCUGCUCUGUAAUUCUGGUGCGGCUUUGAAGCUGUGCUGUGCCUAGAAUUAAAAAGGGUUUGGAGGCUAUUUCAGAGUUGCCUUCUGCAUUUCAAACACUUUUAUUUAUGUAAAGCACUUGAUUUUGAUCCAAGCCUAUGUAGUACACUAGUGUGGAAGUCUUCAGUCUGUGGAUGUAGCUGCUUGACCAACUGGAGCGACUGCCGCUUUGUUUUCCCUAUGUGAUUCCUUUGCUGGCUGGGUCUGAGGAAUCCUAAUAUUGUCAUAUUAUUCAGUUUUGUUCUGGCACACUCGAAUUCCCUCUUAUCCCCAAGUCUUUGAAGGAAGGAAUGGAAAGUUGCUUUUAUCUGUUAUUACUUAGCUUGAGAGAUGAAUCCAAGAGUGAAAAGGAAAAAGAAGACACUUGAUACUCCUCUCUGUGGUAGAAGGGUCUACGUGGGGGUAGCCACUGGAGAAGGGACUCCUGGUGGGGAAAAAGGAAAUCUGCUGUAUUGCUCCAGGGCUGAAGAAGGGAUUGGCAAAGUCUGUCUCCUACAGCUCUUACUACUGUAUAUGUUUCCAGUGGUAUAUGUAUAUGUAACCACUUGUUCUCAGAAGUGUGCACUCUUCCUUUGAAAAGGAGAAGCAACCACUAAAUCAUGAUUAAGGAAGUGAGAGGAAAAUGUCUAAAAAGGGCUAUGCUUAACUAUCAGAAAUGAUUAUGAAUAGUAGGAGAGCUUUUACCCAAAUACACAUGAGCAAUCUGUGGUUUGAGGUCAGCGACAGAGUGCCUCUUCAGCUAACAGAAGUUCCACACAGUGGCUAAGCAUGCAACAUCUUAUUUUAAGGAAUGCUUUUUCCAAAGAAGCUAUUCAUCAGGUCCUUUUCAAAAAAUAACCCUUGAGUUAUGUAGUUCAUGCCCCCUUGAAUCCUGGUUGGCACACUCCUGCCCUCCCUUCUUUUAGAGGGAAGUAUUUUAUUGUGCCUUUUUUCUUUGAUUUUACCUGAUAGUUUUGGAGUUUGACAGCUGUACCAUUAUUUUAUAUUUUUGUCUUCUGCAUUAUUUUGUUGGCACAAUUGCUUAUUAAUUCUAAAUAACUAUUUUGGUUGAAAAUUAGUAUGGUAAAUAAAUAAUAAGCAAUCUUACAUGGAUGGCUGCCAAGGUGUUGCAAAACCCCCCAGAUGCAACCAAAAGUGGGGAAAGGGUUCAGCUGUAGUUCUAGAAGAUUCUAAUGUCAUAUUCUGAUUGCUUUACUUUCAAAAUAUGGCCUGGUCUCUUAAAAAUGGAUGCAAGUUAGUGUUAUUUCUGCAUUACACUUUUUGUUGUACAACACAACUCUAGCUAAGAAAUAGCAUUUAGCAGACCAGCUGGCCUUUGAAAUGCUAAAGCCAUAUUUGGAACAAUAUGCUCAGUGUUGCCAGAUUCCAGCACUGGUAGUCAAAAGGCAUACACUGAAGGCUGAUAACAUGUUCUUUGGACGCAUUAUUCUAAAAGCUGUGCUCUAGGAAAAUGUUAUCACACCACUUUGCUUCUCAUUUUGGGGGACCAGUUCUGCUUGCUUUAUUGACUACAGUUCUAGUCAGGAAAACCUUUGAGCUAUUUUCACUGCAAGUCAUGUCUACUCAAAAGUAAGCCUCAUUUAGUUCAAUGGCUCUUACUUUUCAGGUAAGUGGGUACAGGAUUGAAGCCUUAAAGUAUGGAGAGGAAAAAUAAAUGUCUUCAUUACUCAUUCUGCUCCAAGCAUGUAUUCACAAAGUUGUCCACCAGGGUGGAACUUGGUAGGCAAACGCACUGAAUUCCUGAAAUACAUUGAAUUGUAUUGGAUCUGUUGAGAGCCAAAUUUGGCACAGUGUUCCAUUUAAUUAUGUGUAAUAGCAGUAGAAAAUGUAACAUGUACAAAUAUAUUGUGCAUUGGACUCCUGCGUAAAAGUGCAAAGAGUUAUGUAGUUAGCGAACCAUCAAGGCAGGUGGGUAUUUCGGUCCAAGCAGCCGAUAUGCCCCUCGUGAGCUAGCAAGAUUUCCAGACUGGAUUGGGAACCCGGAAAGCGCAUCUGCUUUGCAGUGUGUAUUUGGCUAUGAUGCAACCUCAUCACUCUUAAAUUUUAAGCAUAUUUCUAUCCAGUUGGAAUGCAGGUAGAAAAGCAUCUCUCUAACCAUUUUCUCAAUCUGCAUUUGCGCUUUUGAGCACAACUGUUAUCUACUGUAAUAAUUUAAUUCUGAGGAAAACCUGUAGGUGAUCCUUACUGAGACUUGGCUUGCUAGGGUGCCCAGAUGUUAAAAUGCUCUGCAGUGAAAACACAUUGCUUGCCUACUUUUCCUAGAUCAGUGGUUUUCAAAGUGGAAUUUCCUUUUGGGGAAGUUGUCCCUCCAGGGGUCUGUGAAAUGUGAUCCUAUGCUGUAAUUUCUGCCCUCACAGUUCUGUCUAACACUUAUGAAAACUGUGAUCUAGAACAUGCCCCAGAAACUUCAGGGAAUCCCCCCAGGCAGACGGGCAGCGUUCUUCAGGGUUUUUAAGUGCUUGCUGAAGGUGCACAUUUGGACAUCUAAUGUGUUCAUAUUUUUAGGCCUUGGAAAUAGAGAAGGGGGAAUCAGUGGUGGUGAAGCAGUUUCUGACAGCUUUGUGUCAGGUGCACUGUGUAGUUUUCCUUUUAUUGCAACUUGUACAAAUUUGAUGGGUCUUGCAUUACAUUGCAAGAUGUAGAUACUACUCUAACACAAUGUUAUUUCAGCUGGGAAUAUUUAUUACUGUUUGGUUUUAUUAUUAAUUAAAGGACAUGUGACAUGCCAGCUUUCUUCUGG